CCAGAGGGCCUGGGGUGGUUGAUCGAGGAGGCGGCGCUCAGUCAAGGCGGGGGGGGGGAGAUGGCGCGAGGAGCACCGAGUUCAUCCGUUGGCGGCGGUUGCGCGUACUCCUCCCCCCACCCGCUGAGGCGAAGAGGCGGCACCGGAGGGGACUCGGUCACUCGGAGUCUCGGCUCCGCCCCCGGGCUGCUAUAAGGAGGAGCCACCUCCGCCCUGAUUGGCUGCAGUAGCCCCUCCCCGCCUGACUAGGCACGUGAGUUAUCCGGGCAAGGCGGGAGCCUCGAUCCCGCUGCCAGGGCGGCUGAGGCGCGCGGGCUCCGGCUGCUCUAAGGAUUUUAAGUAAUGGCCCCUGGAAACAAAUUCAAGAGCUCUGAACUGAUAUUACUGUGUGAAUGGGAAGAAUGCCUUUUUGUAGGAAAAUGUAUGGAGGAAUUUUGUGACCACAUUGCAGAACACUUGAAAGAGUAUCAACAACAUCCUCUGGAAAGAACAGAGCAGUACCAUUGUUGGUGGAGAAAUUGUGAAUUUUUGGCUACAGGUCCCAGGGAGCUGGUAACCCAUGUAAAUUUUCAUAGUUACCACACCAAGUUGAAAUUCUUAGGCUCUCAGUUAAGGGCAUCACACCAAGAUUGGCCAGCAUGUUCCCAGAACAGCUAUAACCAGAAUCAGAUACCAAGGAUUUCAGAGAUGUAUGUUUGCCAAUGGGAGAAUUGUGAUGUUACCUACAACAACCCAGAAUGGUUUUAUCGGCAUGUUGCCAUGCAUGCAUACUCUACUGAGAAAGAAAACAUCUCAAGUAACAAGAAAGCUAUUUGUUGUUGUCUCUGGAAAGAUUGUUCAGGAACAUUUAAAGGAAAGCACAAGCUAUGGGAUCACUUAAGAACCCACACUCAAGAAAGAGUGGUGGCCUGUCCCUCUUGUGGAGCGAUGUUCUCCAAUAAUACCAAGUUUUUUGAUCAUGCCAAGCGACAGGUUUCAGAGGAUCAACAGGUAUUUGUUUGUCAGAAUUGUGACAAACACUUUGCCAAUGAGAGGUUACUACGAGACCAUAUGAGAGGCCAUGUUACCCAUGUUACAUGUCCAUUUUGUGAUAUGGUAUGUACAAGUGUCUCCUCUCUGAAAGCGCACAUCAGAUUCCGACACUGUGAUGAACGCCCUUUCCACUGUGAUCUCUGUGAGAGUAGUUUUAAGAAUGCUUAUGAUCUUCAUAAACAUGUUGAAACACACAAUGAUUCAAAUGCCUACAGCUGUGAUGUAGAAGGAUGUGUUUUUACUUCACGGACUUUACAGAUCUUGAGACAGCAUUACAAGAGAGCACAUAUGAAUAAUGGCAAUCUAAAAUAUAAAUGUCACAUCUGUCAGAAAUGUUAUUCCUGGUGUUACACAUUGACUCUGCAUCUUCGCAAGGCGCACAAACUCAGCUGUCAUUCUCGCUUCAGGUUCAUGUUUCGAGUUGCACAAAGCAGUUAG